GAGGUUUGCCAUUGCCAUUGCUUUGCCUUCUCCGGCCGCUCUUGUGCGGUCGUGCGUUCGUUUUUUCCGCUUCUCGAGGUUCCGGCCGUGCGGUCGCUGUUCGGUUCGGUGGGCGGUCCCGCAGCUGCGCGGGGUCGCUUCUGCGGGCUUGGUCGCCGUCGGCGGCGGCUGCUCGGUCGUCGUUGUCGGCGCGGUCGCCGGUCCUCUUUCUUGCCCCGCCCUUUGUUCUUCGUUCGGUGCCGUCGACGGGCAGGCGGGCCGUCCUUGGCCUGCAUUCACAUGUACCAGACGCCGCCAUACCCAGGCGCAGCGGAGGGCGCCGUUCCUUCUAGUUUGAUGGAUACGCCUCUUACCGAGGAAAGAAGGGCGGCUAGGCGAGUUCGCCGGAGGGUUUGCUCCUCUGGCUCGCCAACUUCUCUGAACCAUGGCGAGUCAGACGAUGCACAAGAAAUGAGCACAAAUUCCACCGAGAUAUCAAGCAGUGAUUGCUAUACUCAGUUGUCAAGUGAAAGUUCAGACGAAGGAUGCGAAAAUAGAAGCUCAGGCCAUCGCAGAAAACGACGCAAGACAUCUGUCAUAUCCUCUGCAUCCGAGCAAUCAGGGCAAGACAGUCCUUCUGCAUGCGAGUCUCUUGAGUCGGAUGAUGUUCAGAUAACUCCAGGGAAAGAUUAUGUGUUACCGCAAAGGUGUGAUCUAUCUGACGCAGAAAAGAAUAGAGUAGUUGCGCUUAUCAAAGAAAUCAAAGCUAAAGUUACUGUUUUUGUGGCUAUCAUGUUGAGGUCUUACUCUUCAUAUGUGACCAUUCCUAAGGAAUAUGCUGCUGUGCACUUUCCACCUGAAAGUGCAACCAUCACGCUUCGGAGUCCAGGCAAGAACAAGAAGUGGCAUCCCAGAUUCUACAAGAAAGGAACUAUGAUCAAGCUUACGGGCAGUUGGUUACACUUUGUGCGUGACAAUGACGUGCAUGAGGGAGAUAUCUGCAUUUUUGUACCGGCAAAAGGUGGAAAGCCAUUCAUGUUUACAGUCCAUCUACUUCGCAAAGAAACAACUGAUUCUCAAACUGAAGUUUCUCAUGAAUCUUCGGAGUGUGAGGACUCUCAUGGUCAGCCGCCCUACAUUUUACCAUAUGGAGCCCGUCUAUCUCCCUCUCAGAGGAGUGCCGUUAAAAAGAAAGUGGACUCCAUCCAAUCUGAAGUUCCAAUUUACGUGUCAAUCAUGACAAAGAGCAACCUUGGUUCCAGACACAUGGAAUUGAGUAAACGAUAUGCCGCUGAACAUCUCCCCCACAGAAAUGUAACUUUGAUGUUCCAGUACAUGGGAAAGAUAUGGAAUAUCAAUAUGUUGUUUCAUGAUCGGAAGUACCCCAAAAGGUGGUACCUUAUCGGAGGUUGGUCCAAAUUUAUCUCUGACAACAGUCUGCGAUUAGGAGAUAUCUGUCUCUUUGAACUGAAAAAGGACGAGAAGGAGCUUACCGUGAUAGUCCAUCUACUUCGCAAAGAGAGUAUUGAUCACCCCUCUGGUGUAAGUCCUGUUCUGGACUCGAAUUAUGUGAGGGCAAGCACAAUGAUUGCCUCAACAGUGCAUGUUGGGGAGGAGCCAGAUGACGAAGAAGAAACCGCCUCUUCAGGGCGUGAAGAACAAGGAUUCGAUGACGAGCCUAUCGAGCAUAACUAUUCCGAGGGAGCCUCUAAGGCACACAUGCCUACUGCUCCAUGCUCAGAGAGUAACGCGUCUGGAAUCAGCCCGUCACCGGAAGCUAGAGAGCAAGCUGCUGGUUGUUCAAACAAAAGUUUUGCAACAGAAUUUCCAAAUAAGCCUAGCUCCACUAUGGAACACAACAGGAUUAUCCACACUGACAGAGCGGCAGCAUCAGAAGUUAUUGGUUUGUCAGACUACAGGAUCCACAACAGUUGUGAUAGUAUUGAUUCACAAGGAGGAGAGUCUCUUGCUGUUCAACAGCAAUCGAGUCCUAGUCCUGGAAUUGGCAAUUCGGUUAAUCCGGAUUCUUCAAGUGGUGACCAUAGAAGCGCUGAACGUGUGGAGGGAGAGAGUGAUGUUGCUUUACAGUCAUUAGUAAGAGUUACAGGCCAGCAGGUAGGCGAUGCUGAAAAGGAAGUUAAUGCCAGCGGUGGAGAAAAUAGUCUUGCAGAUCUACCUCAUUUAGAGCCUCAAAAUGUGGCAGCUGUGCCCAGCCAGGCUGCCUUGCCCAUGCCUAAAGAAAAAACUGAUACUCAGACAAAUCGAUCUGCCCAACCAGAUGUAGCGCAAGCACAACCUCCACAAGGAGAGGUAGAGCAAGCAGGUCUGUCUGGUGUGGCAUCGCCUCAGCCUUUACAACCAGCACAACUUGCGCAAAGAGAGGCAGAACAAGAUCUAUCUGGUGUAGCCUCACCUUCACAACCUGAAACCCGACCGUCAAUAUCUGGGUUUGUCGAAACUCGGUCCAAUCUUGUAACUCAGUCUGUCGAACAAAGUAUAGCACCCGUACAAUUUCCACAAGAACAAGCAGGUCUGUCUGGUGUAGCAUCUGCUCAGCCUUUGGUGCCUGAAAUGCAGCCAUCAACCCCAUUGUCAAAUAUUCCGCUCGAAAGAGCACACCCGAAUCGGGGUCAAUCAAGUCGUCAACCAGAGGCCGCAGCUGGUUCUGCCCAGCCUGCACAACUCUUUCCGGCGCCGUCGAUGAUGUUUAAUCACCCACCAAUUGGUGAUGAACCACUGAAAAAUGAGCUGCACAGGUUACGGUUACACAUUGACUCACUUGAUAAAAUCUAUGAAUUAAAGCAAUCGCAACUUCAGACAGAGUGCAGCCAAGAAAUUGAGAAGAUAAAACAAAAAUAUGAUUUGUUACUUGAGGAACAGGAUUCUGUUCACCUUGAGCAAAUGAAGACACUUGAUGGUUUAUUGGAGAAAGUUGUCUUCCACCAAUCACUAGCUGCCGAUUUCCGAGCCAAAUUCAUAUCACCAUCUGCAGCACAAGCAAAAGCCUAUAGCCGUCCAAUUCAUCAGACACCUCAGGCUUCUCAGCAAGCACCCAUGAGGCCGCCAGGUAUGACAUCGACUUCGCCGCCAGCUGCGUGGUCAUCAGCUGGUCGACCAGUAGUGCCGGGAGGUGCACAGCCAUCACAGGUGGAUCGACCAUCAACGCCGGCAUCAUCACAGGCGCCUCGUCCGCCAUUGCCAUCUACACCAGUAGUCCGGCUUCCCAUAAACCCUGGCAACCUUGUCAGAACAACAGGUGCCCCCAUGCCUCGAGUUCCACCACGUGGAAGCCAUGGAGUUCCGAGUGCACCCGCUCCUCAUCUUCAGUGCAGAUUGCCGCCACGGGCGCAUUCCACGGCCCCUGCAAAUCAGAGGCAGCAGCAGCAUGCCACAUCUGUAAGCCCGCAGUCUUCACAUGCAGUUCCCCCUGUGAGCUCAUCACCCUUGCCGCCGUCAAGUUCACAAGCAACUCACCAUGGUUCGUCGACUCGGAUGGAUGUGGAUGUGGUAUGCCUGUCUGAUGAUGAGUGAGGAAGAGGACCUAGACUAAUGGCUAGAGAGUAGGGGUAGGGGAGCCUGACAAGGAAUGGAACCCAUUCAUUCGGCUCCAUGUUUGUGCACCGCCGUAGUACCGCGCCCUGUAUAUGACCGUCCUUACCUUCUGUUGCUGUAAAUUACGAACCACCAGGUGUUAAGAAUGUGUACUUGUUCGUCCAUGUUUAAUUAUGGGUCCUCAUCUCAUCCUAAA